GUUGUCAGCUGCUCUUAAAUUUUUUCCCAAUUCCAAAAUCCCUAUUUCUUUAUGGCUAAUCAUCUUCUCACUUUCUGCCCCACCGGAUUCAACGCCUGUGCUAUUCCCGGUUACCUUAAACCUCACUCCGACCGCUGGAAGAGUCCCACUGUUUCGUCUUCCUCGACGUGGUGGUUUGCGCCGCUAUUUGGAGUAUCGUCCGAUCCCGACUACAUCGAUUCCGAUAAGGAUACCGAGCUGAAGAAAUCAAGACGAGGUGAAUUGGAAACGGAAGCCGGACAAAAAUCGACGAUCGCAAGGUUUCUUCCGGGUCGAUUGACGGAAGAUAAGGCGAGGCAACUCCGUAUGAUGACUACAAGCACGUCAUCGUUUCACGACGUCAUGUACCAUUCAGCUAUCGCUUCCCGACUCGAUUCCGAUUUCAAGGAUAAUUCUUCUCCGUGACUGGCGAUUCAGUCCUUGUUUUGAACCUCUUUAUUUUAUGAUUGAAAUAUAAAUUGUACGUCCUCUCUCUCUCUCUCUCUCUCUCUCUCUCUUAAGGGAUGAAAGAAUUUGUUAAACAAUGAAUUCCAAGAUGACGAUGUCAAAUUGCAUUUUUUUUUUUAAACAGACGAUGUCAAAUUACUGAAUAUCCGAUGUAGAAUCGUUGUGCCUAAUGGCGUAGUUUGCAGAUUAGAACUGCUAUUACACUGUAACGAAGGGGAACCACUUUAGGAUUCGA